GUUCAGCGCUCUCCACCAUCUUCUCAACCAAGAAUUUGUCUGAAACCUAAUUUCAAGUCUCUCUAGAUCUCGCCCUCUUUCCAAUUCUCUGUUAAAAGAAACAUUAAAAUCAAUGCGAUGAAGGGCUUGGCACAUCCACAGAGUUGCAGCAUCUGAAUUUCUAACGGAAAAUCAUUCCUCCCGAGAUGAGCACGUCCGUUAAAGGCUUUCUCAAAGGCCUUCGCCACAUUACUCAGAUUUUCGAUGAAGGUAAAGACCAUGAUAUCCAGAUCGGGUUUCCCACCGAUGUAAAGCAUGUCGCCCACAUAGGAUCCGAUGGUCCCGCAUCAAAUGCACCAAGCUGGAUGAAUGACUUCAACCCUCAAGGAAAUGAGAAUGGCCAAGUAGUUUCUCGGAGGGAUGCCAACAACAAUCCAAUAGGAGAAGGAGUUGGAUUACAAGAGUUGUUGCCUCCACCUGAUAAACCAAAGCACAAGAAGACAAGGCGUAAGUCCGAGUCACAAAACGGUUCUCCUCCUAGGCGAAACAGCAACGUGUUACCAUCGGAAAUGGUACCAAGACCCUCGAGACGUCACCACAGGAGUAGGCACGCGUCGUUGGAUUCGUCGAAUGAUCCAUCGCUCAGGAGGAGGCGUGUUGUUGUCUCGGUUAACGACGAGGAAGGUUCUAAUCAACUUUCAGACAGUUCUUCUGCUUCCCAUAGAAAGUCUUCGUCGCGUCAUAGGAAGGUGAAAGGAUCAGGAGGAGGAGAGGUGUCCAUGAAGAAGACCAAAGCUAAACAGGAGAAAUCAACUGUUCAAUCAGACGGUACAUGUAAUGAUAAUAAUACUGGCGACAAAGACUAAAACUGAUUUUGGUCGGUCACAUGUGGCUGUGACUAUUUUCGUAUUUCUUGACUGUUCCUUAGAGAAAAAAAAAACUUAUUUGUUUCACAAUGACAAUGGUUCACCA